AUGGUGACUGGUGCAAGUAUAGUUACGGGCACCAGGUAUGUUAGUGGUGGUGGGGUGCAUGGAUGGAACCUUAUGCGCAAACUGACGAGUAGGGGAGCCAAUGCACUUGCUCAAACACUUCUACAGCCUGGUGUAUCAGAUCUGACAGGAUCUUUCAGGCUUUACCAAAAAUCUGUCCUUGAAGAUGUCAUUAUCUCUGUCGUUAGCAAAGGAUAUGUCUUUCAGAUGGAAAUGAUUGUUCGGGCCACCCGAAAAGGGUACCAUAUUGAAGAGGUACCCAUAACUUUUGUUGAUAGAGUAUUUGGGAGUUCAAAGCUUUGAGGUUCUGAAAUCCUUGAAUAUUUAAAAGGCCUUACCUAUCUGCUGUUCACUACCUAAAAUUUGGGGCGGAGAUGA